AGGUUUCCUCCCCAUUCCAACUACAUGCUCGGAUCGGAUUACUGGAACGACGACACCAUGAAACUUACUACUCCUACGACUGCACAGAUUCCCGAGUUGGACUCGAUUGCCCAGGAACUGAAUGACCAGAUUGCAAACGAUGUGGGUGAGCGGAAAUUCAGUCCUCGUCCCGACGUUAAAAAUAUCCUUGUUACGGGUGGAGCGGGAUUCAUUGCAUCCUUUAUUGUCCGCAAGCUCGUCCUCUUGUACCCAGAAUACAAUGUCGUAAACUUUGAUAAACUCGAUUAUUGUGCGUCCACCAGAAACUUGAUGACCAUCGAGCACAAGGACAAUUACUCGUUCAUCAAGGGCGAUAUCACCAUCAAGGACAUGGUCAACUUUGUCUUGCAAGAGAAGCAGAUUGACACGAUUUUGCACUUUGCUGCUCAGACGCACGUCGACAACUCUUUUGGCAAUUCUGCCGAAUUUACCCUCAACAAUGUCAUGGGCACCCAUGUCCUCCUCGAAGCGGCCAGAAUCAACAAUGUCAAGCGCUUUAUCCACAUUAGCACUGAUGAAGUCUACGGGGAAGUCGAACACGGCGGUGACGAACUCUCCGAAGACAACAUCCUCGCCCCCACCAACCCGUACUCUGCCACCAAGGCCGCCGCCGAAAUGCUCGUAGGGGCCUACCAGAAAUCCUUCAACCUUCCCACCAUCAUUACGCGCAGCAACAAUGUCUACGGUCCAUACCAGUACCCGGAAAAGAUCAUUCCCAAAUUCGUUACGCUCUUGUCGGAGGGCCGUAAAGUCUUUAUCCACGGUGACGGAAGCAACACCCGACGCUUCAUUUACGGCUCUGACGUUGCCGAUGCCGUUGAAGUCAUCCUCCACAAGGGUGAAAUUGGCCAAACGUACAAUAUUGGUACAUCCUUUGAAAUCUCCAACCUCGAAUUAACCAAAUUCCUAAUCAAGCAAAUGGGUCUAUCGGCUCGCGAAUCCGAGCUCAUUGAAUUCGUUGAAGACAGGCCGUUCAAUGACAUGCGCUACGCUAUUGAUAGUACAAAGUUGGAGGCACUGGGAUGGAAGCCCAAAGUCGAAUUUGAGGAAGGUGUGAAAAAGACCAUUGCUUGGUACACAAAGUACUCGAGGAAAUGGUGGAGUGACAUUAGCGGAGCUCUGGUGGCCCAUCCCUACAAGAGUGGAACUCAGCAAGAGUAUGUCAUUAAAAGUCAAAAGUAAUACUGUGUGUGGAAAGUGUGUACAAAUGGACUUUUUAUCUAUCCUGUGUGGUGUAUAUUAGAAAAAUGGGUUAUGGAAAUAAAGCUAUAUUUACUUUAAA